AUGGAGAGGGCCAGGCCGGAGCCGCUGCCUCAUCCGCGCCAACUGCCGCGGGUUCCUCCACCUCGCCCGUUGCGUCCCGCUCCACCCCCGCUGCCGGUCGAGGGCGCCUCCUUUUGGGCAGCGGCCGGGGAACCCCCUCCGUCGCCGCCCACACCAGGCGCGGCCGCCAUUGCGACACUGGCUUCCUCGUGCGGGGAGGCCGCCUCGUCCGGCUUACAGUCAGCGGCGCGGCGGCUGGUGCAGGUGAACCCGGAGCAGGUGUUGCUGUUACCGCAGCCUCAGGCUGGGGACGAAGACGCCUCUGCCUCGCCCGCGCAGGCGCGGCUGCUGCAGUUCAGGCCCGACCUGCUGCUCCUGCCGUCGCCGGCCGCGUCCGAGGGCGCCCCCUUCAGGCCCGACUUGCACCCGGUGCAGCCGCGGGUGCUGCAUGUCAAGGCCGAGAAGCAGGAGCUGGGGCCUGGCCUGGACCCGUCCGUGGGGCCUCAGGGGGCGGUGGAGACCGGCCCGAGAGCCUCCAGGGCAGUCAAGGUGGAAGGCCCCGGGCCCGCCCUCGACUACUUCCGAGGGAACGAGAAGGGCAAGCUGGAGGCGGAGGAGGUCAUGCGGGACGCGAUGCAAGGCGGGGAAGGCAAAAGCCCGGCGGCCACCCUAGAAGGAGGGAUCAAAACCGAGGAACCCGAGAGACUCCUGGAGGACUGCAGGCUCCGCGCCGAGCCCGCGUCCAAUGGCCUGGUUCACGGCAGCGCAGAGGUCAUCCUGGCCCCGCCGUCCGGUGCCUUUGGGCCGCACCAGCAAGACCUCAGGAUCCCUUUGACUCUCCACACCGUUUCCCCUGGGGCCCGGAUCCAGUUUCAGGGAGCUCCGCCUUCAGAGCUCAUAAGAUUGACCAAGGUCCCCCUGACACCAGUGCCUAUUAAAAUGCAGUCCCUACUGGAGCCUUCCGUAAAAAUUGAAACCAAAGAUGUCCCGCUCACCGUGUUGCCCUCAGAUGCAGGCAUACCAGAUACUCCCUUCAGUAAGGACAGAAAUGGUCAUGUGAAGCGACCCAUGAAUGCAUUUAUGGUUUGGGCAAGGAUCCACCGACCAGCACUAGCCAAAGCCAACCCAGCAGCCAACAAUGCAGAAAUCAGUGUCCAGCUCGGGUUAGAGUGGAACAAACUUAGUGAAGAACAAAAGAAACCCUAUUACGAUGAAGCACAAAAGAUUAAAGAAAAGCACAGAGAGGAAUUUCCUGGUUGGGUUUAUCAGCCUCGUCCAGGGAAGCGAAAACGCUUCCCUCUAAGUGUUUCCAAUGUAUUUUCUGGUACCACACAGAAUAUCAUCACUACAAAUCCUACAACAGUUUAUCCUUACCGCUCACCUACGUACUCUGUGGUAAUUCCCAGCCUACAGAAUCCCAUCACUCAUCCAGUUGGUGAAACCUCACCUGCCAUCCAACUGCCCACACCUGCAGUCCAGCGCCCAAGCCCUGUCACACUUUUCCAGCCCAGCGUCUCCAGUGCUGCUCAGGUGGCUGCCCAGGAUCCAAGUCUGCCUCUCCACCCAGCACUCCCACCCCAACGAUUUGCUGGGCCUUCCCAAACGGACACCCUUCGGCUGCAUUCUGAAGCCACUCACACUGUGAAGCGACCCACCCCUGUCUCUCUAGAGAGCUCCAACAGGAUUUCAACUAGUGCAAGUACUGCCCAUGCCAGAUUUGCAACUUCAACCAUCCAGCCGCCUAAGGAGUAUUCCAGUGUUUCUGCUUGCCCAAGAAGUGCUCGGAUCCCCCAGGCUCCUCCUAUUCCACACCCACAUGUCUACCAGCCGCCUCCCCUGGGCCAUCCAGCCACACUGUUUGGGACACCACCAAGAUUCUCUUUUCAUCACCCUUACUUCCUACCAGGACCUCACUACUUCCCAUCAAGCACCUGCCCUUAUAGUCGGCCUCCCUUUGGUUAUGGAAAUUUUCCAAGUUCAAUGCCAGAAUGCCUUGGUUAUUAUGAAGACACGUACCAAAAACAUGAGGCUAUAUUUUCAGCUUUAAAUAGAGAGUAUCCUUUUAGAGACUACCAAGAUGAACGCACACACAGCGAAAAUUCUCGGAGUUGUGAGAACAUAGAUGGAACCUCUUACUAUAACAGUCAUAGCCACAGUGGGGAAGAAUACUUAAACCCUGUGCCUCAGAUGGACAUUGGAACCUUGGAGAAUGUCUUCACAGCCCCGACAUCAACUCCUUCUAGCAUCCAGCAAGUCAAUGUCACUGACAGUGAUGAGGAGGAAGAAGAAAAAGUACUCAGGAAUUUAUAAUUUUAAAAGAAAUAUACAUAGAAAAUAAACAUUUCUUAAAAUAUAUUCUGGGUCAGUUGGUAUGAGGGAAAAAAAGCCUAGAAUGCUUUGCUGAAAGUUUUCAGUCAUGAUUUGAGGAGUUAAAACUGAAUGCAAUUUAUGUCUUCAUAAAAUUUUGAUUAGUG